UUCCAGGCUCUGACCGAAAAGAUCACGCUGAGAAUGGAAGAAAUGGGUGAGCGCAUUGAUGACAUGCAGAAGCACGUUGCUGACCUGAUGACAGAGGCUGGGAUCAGAAACACCGCUGAAGAGUUGAGGCGCUUCCAUCCGCACGCGCCGUUUUGA